AUGGCUUGGAGAUCGUUUAUUCUGUUGACGACACUGCCUGUGCUCUUGACCUGGGCUCAGUCAGAGCAGGCUGAGGGUAGCUUCUGCCCUUUCAUGGCCAACUAUCCGAGCAGCACCUGCAUGAAAACCUGUCCGAUCAUUGAGGAUUAUAUUAUCAAGAAACAACUGAAGCGUGAGGAUGUAGUAACAUGCAAUCAGGCCCAGGGGCUUAUCUGCUGCCCCAACCAACCGCCACAGGAUACCAGCUUACAGCAGGGUUCGGGCAGGCCUCCGCCUCUUUUCGAGUCCAAUGCCCGGAAGUAUCGUCACUUGGCGGAACUGGCCUUCAACACAGAACACUUCUCCGACCAUACCUUCCGAUGCACAGGCGUGCUUGUCCGGCCCAACUUUGUGCUGACCUCCGCCCUUUGCGGUGAAUCUUUGGAGGGGCACAAGUCACCUACUCGAGCUCGUCUCGGCCUCAUUAAGCUCUACAAUGGCCCUAUAGAGUUUAGGUAUGAUCGCCCGGGUGCUUCCAACUACAACAACGAUCUCUCUCUGCUCAAGCUAAAUGGCAGCUUCAAGGAAAAAUUCGUAGCCCACAUCUGUACGCAACGGGAAUUCGACAGUGCCAACAAACUGGUGGCUGUGGGCUUCUCCCAACGAAAUGGCACGAAUUGCCAUCCGUUUCAGAUGGAAGUGUCGCUGCGUGAGUUCAGUUCGAGUGCCGUGGAAGUGAACUUACCGGUCAGGGGCAUCGGUAACGAGACCCACUUUUAUGUGAGGCCCAUAAAACCUCUAAGAUCCGAGGCUGGCGCCUGUAACCAGUGCCUACGGGGAAGUGCCAGUAUACUCCAUGCAGUCCUCCCGGACGAUGGCAUCUGUGUGGCUGGAGUGGCCACGCCCACCAGCAGCAAUUGCCAUGACUCCGGUGCGCAGCUGUACUACACCAGUCUAAUAAACGCGGAUGUAGCCAAGUUUAUACGCGAUGCCCAAUAG